GCCAUGUUCCGCAGGGUAGGCUGGCUGGUCCUGUACAGCCUUGCUGUGAUGCUGCUCAGCUGCCUGUUCUUCCUGAAGAAGGAGGCCCACCCAGCGGGGGGCCCCAUGGCCCGACAGCCCUUCUGGGCUCCCCCAGGGCCCCGGCGCAGCCAGUGUCCACCCAACCACACGGUGGCUAACGCCUCCCUGUUCCUGCCUAACCGUCACCGCCUCUUCUUGACCUAUCGCCACUGCCGCAACUUCUCCAUCUUGCUGGAGCCUUCGGGCUGUGCCGAGGACACCUUUCUGCUCCUGGCCAUCAAGUCACAGCCUGGCCAUGUGGAGCGGCGUGCGGCCAUCCGCAGCACGUGGGGCCGGGCAGGAAGCUGGGCUAAGGGGCGGCAGCUGAAGCUGGUGUUCCUCCUGGGGGUGGCAGGAUCUGCGCCCCCAGCCCAGCUGCUGGCCUACGAGAGUCGGGAGUUUGAUGAUAUCCUACAGUGGGACUUUGCUGAGGACUUUUUCAACCUGACGCUCAAGGAGCUGCACUUGCAGCGCUGGGUGGCAGCUGUCUGUCCCCAGGCCCAUUUCAUGCUAAAGGGAGAUGACGACGUCUUUGUCCAUGUCCCCAAUGUGCUGGAGUUCCUGGAUGGCUGGGACCCAGCCCAGGACCUACUGGUGGGAGAUGUCAUCCGCCAGGCCCUGCCCAACAGGAACACCAAGGUCAAAUAUUUCAUCCCACCCUCCAUGUAUAGGGCCCACCACUACCCACCCUAUGCUGGGGGUGGAGGGUAUGUCAUGUCCAGAGCCACUGUGCAGCACCUCCAAGCGGCUGUGGAAGAGGCUGAACUGUUCCCCAUUGAUGACGUCUUUGUGGGGAUGUGCCUGAAAAAGCUGGGGGUGAGCCCCAUGCACCAUGCUGGCUUCAAGACGUUUGGAAUACGGCGGCCCCUGGACCCUCGGGACCCCUGCCUGUACAGAGGGCUCCUCCUGGUCCACCGCCUCAGCCCCCUGGAGAUGUGGACCAUGUGGGCACUGGUAACAGAUGAGGGGCUCAAGUGUGCAGCUGCCCCCUUGUCCCAGCUUUGAGGGGUGGCCUGA